AUGGGUAGACCAACACCUCCACCAAGAUUACCAUCCUUACCUUCCAAUCCUCGUCCCACUCAUAGCGUAUCGUCAUCGACUGCUCCACCUCCCACAACUCCCAGGACUAACUCAGAAACACCUUCAACCCCUAGAAGAAAUCUUCCUGCUACGCCGCGAUCACAUGUUCCACCUCGAACGAGCGGUUCGACGUUCGGUCCGAGCGGGGGUGGUACCUCCUCUUCUGACUUGAAUGAUUCUUUGGGACUCGAUGAUAUAGCAGAUUCAGCCGGAGAAGGAUUACCGGCAUACCUAGAAGAAGCGGACGAGAAUGAGGUGACCGUGGUGGAGCCGACAGGAGGGAUCGAGCAUGUCUCUACGCCUCAAGCUGAUCAGGACCUGGAUCAACCUAUGCAGACUGAUGAGCAAACGCAUGGUGAUAUUGCGGGUAGACAAGGUGGAGCAUCGAGAUUUGGAAGGUGGAGAGAAUGGGUUGAGAAAAGAGCUGUUGAAAGGUUCGACAGUGAUCCCGAUCGUCAGGCGAGACGAAAUGUUCGACGUCAGCUCCCCGAACCACCUCAACCACCAUCGUAUAAUGACACUCUCCCAUCGAAUUAUCAUCCUUCAUCAACAUCGACCUCAUCUCCCGCUCAACCUUUACGAUACCUGUCUGCCGGUGCGAAGCCAACUAUACUGCCUGAUUCCUCCUUACUUCGAAUCGACUAUGGACAAUCCCUCGAACCCCAUUCAAGGUACUCCAUCAACUGCGCUUAUCCAGUGCCGAAUUCAAACCUGGUAAUACUGGGUACUUCUCAUGGAUUGAAAGUCCUUGAUACCGAUCUGAUGGAAGAUACAACAAGGAAUAUAUGGUUCAAUUUACCCGUAUGGGAGAUACACCCUUUAUCCCUUUCUACUUCUACUAGUAAAGGCUACAUAAUCAUGCUUGUUGGUGGUGCAGAGGAAAUUUCGAAACCGACUUUAGAUUCUAAGCCAAAACGGAACUCUGGUACUCAAGUUCGAAUAUACAACUUGAGGUCACUCAUCUCACUAGCGAAGUAUUCUUCUGUUCAACCUGCUUCUUAUUUCGGGAUAGACCUCUCGUCAAACAAGGGUAAGGAGAAAGGCAAAGGUAAAUCGAGGGACAAAGAUAGUGUGGAGUGGACCAUGAUCGAUAGAACAUCAAGCAUAUCCUCAAUCUCUCAACACCAAUCAAAGGACGAUUUAGACAAAGCUUGGUCAGAUGAUUAUACGAUCUUACGUUCUGGCAAACCUCAUCAAAAUCAGUCUCAGGGAGAUAUAAUGUUAAUUACUAGCUAUAUAUCUCAAUCUAGGAUAUUCGUUGCGGUUGGUACGUCAAAUCAUGUAAUCGUACAUGGUGCUUUCCCACCUGUUCAAGAUCACGGAUCUCAAGAGAUGCUAGAAGAACAAAUUAGGUUUACAGCAUCGAGAACAUUCUAUUUACCUUGUCAACCACAACAUAUCUCGUUUUUGCAAUUACCUUCCCUACCUGAUUUACCAAUCUCACCUUCCCUCUCUUCCCUCCCAUCUGGAGGAGGGGGAGGGGGAAGUGUACUAGACGAUUCGGCAAGUCUUUUCUCAUAUGAUGACAGGGCAUCAAUACGAACGGGCAAUUCGAAUGGUAGUUCAGGUUCAAAUAAUCCACCAGCAUUUAACGAUAAUGUUGAGAACGCAGAGAAUCGAGUACCGAGUUUAGGACUAUAUGUUAGUUUUGGCUCGAAAGCUUGUUUGAUCCGAGUGAACGAUUCUACAGUGUUAGAUCUGAAGCUCAAAAACUCGACCGGCUCGACCAGUGUGAUGGGGAUGGGGAUGGGAGGAGGAUCAUCGAAAGGUGAUUGGGGAGGGUCGGAAACUUUGAGAUUGAAAGGUGGUGGUGAAGUCUAUGUGAUCACGAGAGGUAAAGAGACGUUUUUGUUUUCCGCACCAUUCGAUAUCCCCUCUCAGUCCAAUACACCCCUAUACACAGUAUUAUGGCCCGAAUCACCAUUCUCCCUAUCAGCUUCGAUCGAAUAUGCCACUUCAUCAUCAAGACAAAGCCCAGACGAAGGAGAAGAUGUAAAUAUAAGGUUGAUCUCUACUUCUUAUACUGGAAAUUUGCAUGUUCAACAUCUGGAUUUCUCAACGGGCAGAUCUGGAGGAGGAAGUAAAGUGAAAUGUAAACCUUUUGGAUCGAGUGUAUUGGGUAAUCUGGCAAAAGUGAUCAUGACUGAACAGAAUCCUCAAGAAGAUCAAGAAGAGCCGAAUGGGAAAGAAAGGGAUGGUUGUUGGGUGAGAUAUAGGAGGAAGGAAGGGGAUUGGAGAGUCGUGAAGCUUGAAAGGGAAUAG